AUGCGACGCGUGGGCCGCGUGGGGCUCCGGGACGGAGACCGGACGAGAAGAAGGCAAAGGGAAGACCACGACACGGCAAAGCCAACGCUGCUCGAAGUUGCGCGAAGUGGUCAACUGCAGCAUUCCUCCAACAGCGAGAGCGAGAGAGCGAUGCGGAGGCGAAAACUGAAAGGCCGCCCAGUCGACUUCCCUCCAGGCUCCAUCGGCUCCAUCGGCUCCAUCAUGCUAGCAGCACGCGGCAGCACCACACGCUGCAACUUUGGGCUUAUCCGCGCCAAGCGGCCGAUCCCCUCAGCCCGGGCUCCGUAG